AUGGAAUGGCCUGGUCCUGGAGUGUCGCGAAGUGCAGCUACUGGUGUGGAUGAUGUUGUUGCUGUAUACACAUGUGCGGAUAGAUGGAGGUGGAGACGUGCAGGUGAAUGGAUGCUGAUAUGCUGGUGGAUGCAAGUAGUGUAUGCAGAUGGUGAUGGAGAUGUUCUCAAAGGAUCAAACUAUGAAGAAUGGGCUAAAGGGUUUCGUAUUUCUUUGGGUGCGAAACGCAAGCUGGGUUUCAUUAACGGUAACCUCUCGAAACCUUCUGAUGAUUCUUCUGACCUGGAUGACUGGUGGACUAUAAACUACAUGAUCGUUGCCUGGAUUUUUAACACCAUUGAUCCAGUUCUUCGAUCCUCAAUUUCUUAUCGUGACACCGCCUUUGAUUUAUGGGAAGAUAUCAGGCUUCGUUUUUCUCUUGGGAAUGGAAUAAAAAUAUUUCAACUUAAAUCUGAUGUCGCCAGCUGCAAACAAAAAGAUGGAGAGUCUAUUCAAGACUAUUAUGGGAGGUUGAAGAAACUCUGGGAUGACAUCAAUGACUUUGAUGCUUUACCUUCGUGUAAGUGCUCCGGUUGUACCUGUGAUCUUAAUCUCACUCUACGUACUCGACGUAACAAUGAUCAGGUACGCGAAUUUUUAAUGGGUCUUAUACCCUAUUAUGCUAAUGUUCGUUCUAGUAUUUUGGGCACCGAACCACUUCCGUCUCUGCACACUGUGUAUUCUCGUCUCAUUCAAGAGGAAGAGGUUCGAUCUUAUACUCAGCCGAAGGAGGAUAUCGUUUCUCCAAUGGCUUUUCUUGCUCACGGAAAUAAGCCACAAGGAUCGAAAUCAGGAGCUGUCAAAACUCCGUUGAAGUGCACCUAUUGUGGUCAUAAUGGACAUCUUGAGGAUCGAUGUUGGGAGAAGCAUGGGUAUCCAGAUGGUCUCCAGCCCAGACGUCCACCUGCUGCUUAUCUCAAAACCGAGUCACCAGUUCAACGUACUCAACCAACAGCUAAGGCAAACGCUGUCGUUGGUCAGAUGCCAACUCCAAAUCAUGUUCGUCUCUCUGGUAAGCGUGGUCAAAUCUGGAUUGUUGACACAGGAGCUUCCAAUCAUGUUUGUUGUGAUGACACUGUGUUUGCAUCUUGUGAUAAUAUUAGUCCUCUUCAGGUUGGCCUGCCUAAUGGUGUCAGCAUACAAGCAACCAAAAUUGGCAUUGUGCAGAUAAAUGAUUUUCUCAUAUUGCACAAUGUGCUGUUUGUUCCUCAAUUCACAUGCAAUCUUCUUUCAGUUUCUCAACUUUUAUCUUCAUCCCAUGCUACUCAUGCACCGAAGAAUAAUAUAAGUGUUCAAUUCACUAACUCUGAAUGUGUUAUACAGGACCAUACUUUGAGGACGAGGAUUGGUAUGGGUAAGCUCAUGGAUGGGCUGUAUUGCUUGAUGGGGAAACCAGCUCGUGUCAACGUUGUGUUAGAGAAGACUGCAACAGAUUAUGGCACAAACGGCUUGUUUACUAGAAAGGUUAAGACUUUACGUGAUAAUGGAACUGAGUUCAAAGGUCUUGUUCCUUAUUUUCGAAACAAUGGCAUUAUUCAUCAAACCUCUGUCGUUACACCACAGCAAAAUGCUAGGGUGGAAAGAAAGCAUCGUCACAUUCUCAAUGUUGCUCGUGCGCUACGUUUUCAAGCAUCCUUACCAAUCGACUUUUGGGGAGAAUGUGUUCUUACUGCUGCCUACUUAAUUAAUCGAACCCCUUCUCGUGUUCUUCACUUCAAGACGCCUUAUGAUCUUCUUUAUGGUUCGGCUCCACUAUUCACUCUCUCAGGGUUUUUGGAUGUCUCUGUUACGCAAAAAACCUUACCUGGUGAUAAAUUUGACAGUCGCAGUCGUCGUUGCAUAUUUCUCGGCUAUCCAUUUGGAAAGAAGGCCUGGCAUCUAUUUGAUCUUGACACAGGUCAUUACUUUCAGUCUCGAGACGUACAUUUUAUUGAAGAUACUUUCCCGUUGGCAGACAAUGAUGAGCUUCUGAAACUGCACUCACUAUAUUCUGAUGCAACUAGUUCUCAUAGUCCGUCAGUCUUCUUGGAUGAUGUACAACACACAGCACAUACUGCUGAGAAUGAUGCACAUAUUGAUUCAGCACCUGCUUCUUCUUCUGUGCCUGCGUCUGGUACAGAAGUUGUUACUUCUUCUCUCACGGAAAAUACGGAUAGUCGAGAUCCUCAUGAUAUAGUUGCAGACGAGGAACUUGGCGGGGAUGUUUCAAAACAAUCUAACACAACCUUGGUUUCCCCUGCAGCUUCACCUAUACCAGUCAAGUCCUCAGAGGCAAUGGCUGAUCCACGAUGGCGUCAGGCAAUGCAGGAUGAAAUUGCUGCACUUAUUUCCAAUGGUACAUGGACAAUUGAAGAUUUGCCUGCCCAAGUCUCAAUUGGUUGCAUGUGGGUUUUUCGCAUUAAGCGAAAAUCUGAUGGCUCUGUUGAGCGUUACAAAGCCAGAUUAGUUGUUUUGGAAAUCAUCAACAGGAAGGAAUUAAUUUCACUGAAACUUUUGCUCCAACAGUAA